UCAUGACUCUUCCACCACAUUUUUACUUCAAGUAGGUCGUUCACUAUAGAAGGACCUUCAGAUACAGGCUACUGAAGACAUGUUUGUCCUAUCCAUAAUAAAAGAUACCAUUGCAAUUCUGCCAGCAAACUUUGGUGUGCCUCCAGCACAAGCUCUCAUUGCUGAAAUAAACAAAAAGUAUGCCAAUAGAGUCCUCCACGACGUAGGGCUGUGUAUCUGCGCGUUUGAUCUAGUGGAAGCGGGUGAAGGCAAAGUACGAUACGGAGAUGGGUGUUUAUGGUAUAAAGUCAGAUUCAGAAUGGUUGUUUUUCGACCAUUCGCAUCGGAAGUGAUCCUUGCUAAAGUGAAGUCAUCAGACGAAGACGGCAUUCGAUUGAGCGUAGGAUUUUUCGACGAUAUCUAUGUGCCUUUAGCAUAUCUACCACAACCAUCUGCCUUUGACCCAAAUGAGCGUGCUCAUUUCUGGCUACCAGACUCAGAAGCAACAACCCCGCACGAACUUUUGGAAUCUGCAACAGCAGACCGGAUGUACAUCGACCAAGGGGAAGUAGUACGGGUUCGCGCUGAGGCUGAUGAAUUUUACGACGACGAACCUGGUCCGCCAAAAGCAUCGGAGGGUGUCGCAGUAAAACGAGAGGCCCGGCGCGCACCAUAUAGCAUGAUUUGCUCCAUUGCAGAACAGGGACUUGGGCCUGUCCCGUGGUGGAAGAGCGCGCAGCCUGAUGGCGAUGCUAUGGACGAGGCAUGAUUCGCUUCCUCCAUUCUGCUUUCAAUUGCAAUGAUAUUCCAACGUGCAUUGACACUAGCACACGAUUUCAACAUUAUCACACAUUGUUACGCCUGACGUGGGGGACCAAGCCGUCGUCUCGCGUGUGUUUGCGCCAACAGGUCUUCCUGAAGAGCCGGCGUGUGGAACCGCGCACUCGUUGCUCGUACAU